GCACUCGUCUUUAUUUUCCUCUCUUUCUCUCCGUCCAGGCGCACGCACCCACCUAGCCACCUCCCUUGCGCUGCCCUCCUCUUCCUUCCUCCCUCCCUCCCUCCCCGACGACCGCCCCCGGCCCAUCCGGCCUCGUCGGCUCGUCGCGAGGGUAGAUAGCCGCCACCGCCGCCAGAUCCUACCGGCAGAAGGCCAGAAUGCCCGCGCAGAAGCGACGGCUCUCGUCGUCACCGUCUUCGAGGCCCCGCGACCACGUGGAGACUAACGGGAUGGCUGCUUCUUCUUCUUCUUCAAGGGCCGCCGGCGGCAGCGGCAGCGGCGGCGGCGGCGGAGGAGGAGGAAGCGGAGGGGGAGUUUCGCAGGCGCCGAGGGGAGGUGCCGCCGCCAAGCGGACGGCUGACCCGCAGCCUCAGCGCGAAGGCGAUUCGGACGCGGAGUUCGGCGGCGGCGUGGACGGCGACAGCGAGUCGUCGCAGAGCGACGGCGACAUGGACGAGUUUAUUGUAGUGAAAUUAGCAGAAAUUCGAAAGGAGGUCCAAUGCCCUAUAUGUUUAGGGAUUAUCCGGAAGACAAGAACUGUUAUGGAAUGUUUGCACCGGUUUUGCAGGGAUUGCAUAGAUAAAUCUAUGCGGCUAGGAAAUAAUGAAUGCCCAGCUUGCCGCACUCACUGUGCAAGCAGACGUUCUUUGAGGGAUGAUCCUAAUUAUGAUGCAUUGAUUGCUGCCUUGUAUCCAGAUAUUGAUAAAUAUGAGGAAGAGGAACUUGCUUUCAGUGAAGAGGAGAGGAGUCGGAACAAAAAGAUCCAAGCAACAAUCGAGGAAACAAUUCGAAGACAGUCAGAAGCAGUUGGUAAAAAGCGUUCGACAGCCAAAGCAACUGCCACAGUUUUUGCAAGGAAGUACAGGAGAAACAUGCGAACACGGGGUAGAGCUAAAACUGUUGUUCCUGAUAUUGCCCCUACUGGAUCGGAUGACGAAGGUAGAGAAGAAGCAAAUGCCAUUGAUGCCACCAAGGAGUCAUCCUCUGCUGAUGAUCACUGUCCAGAUUUAAGGCCAAAAAGGGGUAGGAAAAGGCCUGCAUCACGAGCAUCUCCUGCCAGAACCAUUGGCAGCAGUGACAAUGGCUUUGAGGAGACUGAUGAAUUAAUAGGUGGCAAAGAAAGUUUCACCACCUCUCCGCUGCGGGGAGAGAUGCUUGCAUGGGGUAAAAAUGGAGCACGGAGCCAAACAAGACAUGGCAGUGUUGGUGGUUCAAAUGGCAGGAUGGCAAAGAGCGGACGCGUUGCAAAAUUGGUGGACCACCUUCGCACUACUGAUGACAUGGAUAAGCAGUUCAACUUGCAUCUUGUUCUUCUUCCUCUUGACGAGCAAAGUACCCCUAACUUGGAGAAGCCCUAUAUAAGUUGUCGACCAACCUUGUCCAUUCGGCAUCUUGUACAGUUCAUUGCUCUUCAGUUGUCUCUGCAAGUUGAAGAACUUGAGCUCUUUAUGAGGAUGGACCGCUGCAUUGGAAGUGUUGCAACGAAGGACAGUAUAGGUAAUGGCAAAAUGCGCAUAUCUGAUGGCCUGGAAAGAAUAGGGGAGGAUAAACUUCUAUUAGAGCUCCACCCUUCUGUUACUUCCCAUCACGGUGAUCUGGAAUUGCUGUACGCUUUAAAAGCUCAAGGCUAGAUCAUAAUUUCUUGACACCGCUUUCAGCCAUUGUUGCUACAGAGGUUCAUCUGGCCAAUCGGGCUCUCAAUCUGGCGAAAGGCUGUAUAUGUAAAAAGCAUUCCAAUGGUAGAUUAUUUUUUCAUCAUUUUUCAUCAAAUUUUAUUACUUUGUAAUAUAUAGAUUUUCAUUGUUUUCAUGGAUUCGUUCGAAUUUAUUAGCGAUGGUUAUAAAUAGUCUAAGUAUAUAUCCCUACUCUUGUUCGUUGAUCGUUAUACAUUUGUACCAGUGACAGGAGCAUGGGAAUCGUUCGUUCAUAGAGUUAUAGCCUCAGUUUGGCAUCGGUCACCAUUCUCCCUACAUUGCCAUGCCUCUGCGUUUCUGCUAUUUGUUUUGGUCAAAUAUAAUGAACUAGGCUGUACAAAUUUAC